CGGUGAAUACUUUUACAUUCUUUAUUCAGUUCUUUACUGAGUGUCCGUAGUCUGUGUAUGUGAGCAAUGCAAAAAAUAUUACAUCUGUACGAUUUAUUGUGUUUUAUAUAGUAAAAAGUUUUAUUUUUAAUUUGAAGAUUUUAAAACUGAAGAAACAUGGAUCUAUCUACAUGUCAACUUCUUUUCUUAUUCUCGAUACUGAAUAUAGUAUUAGCUGGUGAUAUGAUGAGGAAAUCGAUUGUUUACGACAAAAAAACACCUAAUGUAUUUUAUUGUCCGUUAAAUAAACCUACUGGUUUUGAUAAAUUGUUUGUUCAUUCAAGACCAUUAAAAAAAUUAUGUGAAUUUGAUGGAAAACCUUUACCCGAAGACUACAAAUCCGAUUGCUUUCAAGACGUCGAUGAAACUGAAUAUGCUUGCAAAGAAAAAUAUAGAAUCAUGAAGAGAUUGUCGAAGAAACAACUGGAUAGUUUAUUCGGAAAUAACGACUAGAAUAACUCUAA